UAUACGAUUACAAGAACGAGGAACAGAUCGAAGACUUCAUUGAACACAAACUCUGUCCCCGAAUGCAAGUCGUCAUCACAAAGGAAGCGUGCGAUACAUUCAUCCAACAGUACGGCCCACAAGUGCUGAAUCUGAUCGCUCAGAAACUCUUUGAUCCGUCGACUGUCUGUCAAAAGGAGCUGAACUUAUGCGCCAACACUACCAGUGUGGCCGUCGAACCUAUUCAACCGCAACAGGACUUCCAACUGAUUCAACAAAACCAAAAGUGCGAUCUCUGUGUAUCACUGGUUCAACAAAUGGAUACUUUACUGGAGAACCCGGCGUUCGACAAAGAGGUGUCAAAGAUUGUUGAGAAGGCCUGUCAUCCUCUCGCCAGAGCCCGAAGGGUUGAGUGUGAACUAAUGGUUGAGGCGUUUGCGCCUUACUUUCUGCAAAUGAUUGGAAGUCUUAAUGAUGCGAAUCAGAUCUGUAGAGUAAGUGAUGUC